ACCUUCACGAACCGUGCGAAAAUGGCGCCACCACCACUGAUUCAGAUCGAAAACUUCAAAUUCAAUUUUCUCCAUUUUCAAUUUCAUUUCAAUUUCUUCAGUUUCAUUUCACAGUAAUUCGAAGUUCGAAACCGAUGUUGAUUUGGAAAUGGAUAGUGUCGUGGUAUCGUAACGAAGUGGAGUCACCACCGCCGGUGGUGUUAGUUCCGCCGCUGUUCGAUUUUCCUCCGAUUGCGGCGCGUAACAGAAUGCUUGAAUCUUCAUAUGACGUCGUUUUUGGGAAACUCGCGUUGAGGUGUCUCUUCAAUGAUUAUUUUCAACAACCGAAGCAUUUCGUUACAAGAAUCAUGCUUAAGCCUAUUGAUGAUCCUCACGUCGAUCUCAUUGCAACAGUUUCAGGUCCUCUUGAUCAGAAGCCUGACGAAAACAUCAAUGGAAAUGCUUUGUUUCGCUGGCAAAGUGACGUAAAUGACCCUCAUACUUUCAUGGACCUUUAUGUAUCGACAUCUGAUCCGGUUUUACAGAUGAGGUCGUGCGCUUACUAUCCCAGAUAUGGAUUUGGAGCCUUCGGAGUGUUCCCUUUGCUUUUGAAGAAUAGAGAAACUUCCCAAGAUUCUGGCGUCAUGGGAUUGAGAUACGGUUCUGGAAAUCUAUCAUGUGGAGUCACACUUAUGCCUUUCGCCAAGAAAGAUGAAUUACCUAAAAGUGUAUGGUUGGUGAGUAAGAUAGGAAGGGUGACAGCUGGGGUGCAGUAUGAGCCACACCAUGAAAAUGCAAAACUUUCAAAUUUGAUGAACUGGAGUUGUGCCAUGGCUUACGGUGUGGGAUCACAAAGCCCUUUGAGCCCGUCUUUCAAUUUCAGUCUCGAGCUUGUUAAAAGCUCUCAGUUUGUUGCCUCAUUCUAUCAGCAUAUGGUUGUUCAAAGACGGGUGAAGAACCCCCUUGAAGAGAAUACUGUUGUUGGAAUUACAAAUUACAUUGACUUUGGGUUUGAAUUACAAACAAGUGUUGAUGAUGCAAUAGCAGCAAACAAUAUCUCAGACUCCACUUUUCAAAUUGCUGCAUCCUGGCAAGCAAAUAAAAACUUCUUGGUGAAGGCAAAAGCUGGACCUAAAAGCUCAACAAUGGCUCUUGCAUUCAAGUCAUGGUGGAAACCUUCUUUCACUUUCAGCAUUUCAGCCACCAGAGAUCGUGCAGACGGUCAAGUGCAAUAUGGAUUUGGCCUCCAAAGCGAAAGUCUUAGAGAAGCCAGCUAUCAAAGAGCCGAUCCCAAUUUCGUAAUGCUCACUCCAAGCAAGGAGCACCUAGCUGAGGGCAUUGUUUGGGAAACAGGAAAACGACCUAUGCUACAAUCUGACAUAGAUGCCGGACAUUUCGAUGGCUUACCCAGAGAAUUGAGACCUCUUGACAAAAUUUUGUAACUUCUUAUAGCUUUAUAUUUAUAUAUUUAUGUAUUUAUGAUAUGGUAGAUGAAAAUGCUUUCUGAAGAAUGUAGUCUAGUAACUGUAGUUCAAGUUCACUACAUUUGGUGGUCUGUAUUUUUGUUAUAACUUUUGUUAUUUGGACCACAUUAUUAUAUAUAAAUUAUUAAUGAUGGAACUUUCCCUCUCUUAA